UGAGGGCGGCGGGGAGGGGGCACCGCGGCCGCACCGCCCCCCGCGGCCGCCUCAGCGCUGGCCGCACCCCCGGCCGCUCUGCCGGGGAGAUCUGCGAGCGGAGAACCUCCCGCAUCUCCCCCGGGGGCUGAAGGUGCUGAGCCAGGAUGGGUUUGGCUGAAGACAAAGUGUACACCCAUAUUACGAGGAACCUCAAGAAGUUCGGAACUAUUCGAGUAGCAUCGCUGGCCGAUUCCCUGACGUGCCUGGUCGAUUCUGACAGAGAUGAACUCCUCGCCCGGGAGGAGACACGGGGCAACCAGGCAGCUGUCUUUAGGUUUUAUCAGCACCUGAGGUGCCGGAGGGGCUGGGUGCAGGAUCUCAUCCAGGCACUGCACCAGAACAAUGCGGGGCACUUGGCUGAUGAGCUGCAGGAAAUCUAUGACACUUGGCAGCCUCGACCUCGUUCCUCAGCUCCUGCUGCUGCCUCCUCCCUUCCCAGUGAUGCCCGUCCUGCUGCCUCCUCCACCAAUGCCCAGACACCAUCCCAGGGGCCAAAUCCUGCCCCCUUGGCUGGGCAGCCACACCGAGAGCUGCCCAUUGGUGACCAGCCCAGUGCUGCCACCACCACAAGCAUGGAUCUGGAGGCCAGAGUGCCAGUGCAGGAAUCGCUCCCCAAAAAACUCCCGGAGCAAGAGAGUCCCCGGCCAAUUCCACCUGAGAGCAAGGUCCAUGGCGGAGUGAGCGGUGGGCACAGCGGAGAGGGGAAGCUCUCCCACCCCGCUGGGGCAGCGGGGACAGCAGGGACAGCAGGGGUGGCCGUGCCAUCAGCUGUGUCCCCAGAGCACAGGGACUGGCUGAGCCGCCGGCCGGUGUGUGUGGACAAUGGUUUUUUUGGGAAUGCCAACCACCUGCACCGCGGCACGCCGGGCCUGGGCCUGGGCAGGUCUGUUCCACCCAGGGAUGCAGGUGCCGCUCACAGCCCCCAGCAGCCCAGGAACGAGCCCGAAGAGAACUCGGAUAUCUCCACAGAGUCACUGCCAAGGCUGGAGGGGGAUGCUCAGGGUGUGGGGCAGCAGCCCCCAAACUCGGUGCCAAAAAAGCAGCCUGUGCCAAGCUCUGAGCAUGGUGAGCCCACAGGCAGUUUCGUGGAUGUGCGCAGCCCCCUCCUCAUACAGGAGCAGUUCGAUGCAGAGAAGAAGAGGGUCGGGAUGCUGCGAGAACACCCAGGGAGUGGAGAUUUUUCAAAGGAAACAACUGCCCUGGGUGCUACCCCUGUGCCCAGAGACACUUUCCCAUCCCAUGACACCCCUGUGAAGUCUCUUAUGCAAGAGAAGAAGCUGCCCUUUGGGAAUACAGCCAGCAACACCCCCUCUGUGCCAGCGAAGGAGAAAGUGCUGCCAGCCUCAGCAAGCCCUGUCCUGGUCACAGCUGUGGUAGGAGGCUCCGAAGGCACGGCUGGGAGAUCGGCUUCCAGGGUGAGCUCUGCCACCAGCAUCUGGGCAUCUCACAGUGAUGAGGAGAGGGAAGAGGAGCUCAGCAAGCCAGGUGUCCUCAUGUCCCCACCUUGGGGCAGCCCAGAGGUGGCCAGCAGAUCCCCAGGCUCUCAGGAGACCAGCAACCCCUGUCCCAGCCCCUCCACUAGCCUUGGCCUCAGCAGCGACCCCAUCCUGAUGAGCAGGGAUAGCCUGAGCUCAGGAGGAGCGUUCUCCAGAGCAAAGGAGGCAUCUGGAGCAAGCAGAGACUCCUGUCCUGCUCCAGGCUGGGACAGCCCUUCCCUGGGCACCCACGAGGUGCGUGUGGAUCAUCACCCCAGCAUCCAGCCCGGAGCCGGCAGCGACAGGGUCGGUGCCCUCGGGAGCUCUGUGAAUUUCAGCUCUGACAGCGGCCCUGAUGCUGCCAGCAGCUCACCUGGGGCCAGAGUCCCCAAGGGGGACAGCAAGGGCCUGUCCCUGCUCUACAUCCUGCCAGCUGUCGGCCUCAUUUCUGCCGUGGCGUUCGCGGUGUACGCUCGGCUGCGGAAGUAGGGAUGGGAUUGCACGGCAGUGAUGCAGCCAGGGAUUCCUCUGGCAGCAGGAUUUUGGCCAAUGCAUUUGAAGCCUGAAGAGUAGUGGGGGGCAGUAGGGGGGUUGUUAAAUCUUUUUCUGGAAGGUUCUGCUGGAAGAGGCCUUGGUACAUGAUGCUGUUGGGUUUGAGUCUGUUCCUUUCCAUUUCCCAACCAUCUUCUUGGCUGUAGCCUUCACUUCUUACACCCCUGGAGAAGAGGACCUCGCUCCAAAAUGAUCAAUUGAGUCAAGAAGGAAAGCAUUCAUGGUGAUUCUCCUUGUUUUUCUUGUUUGGUCUCAGGAGGCCUCAGGGAAACAUAUACUGAUGAUCCAAAGGGUGACCUCCAGGUCCUUUUGGGCAGUGCAGCCAGGAGAGGUUGUGCAGAUAUCCUGUAACGGUGGAGCUGAUUUUCUUGGCUCUGCUCAUCUUGGCUUGAAAAUGUGCAAAAGAGUGGGUGCAGCAGCCUCCACUGGACAUCUCAUGUUUAGUUUGCUUUACUUGAUGUAUCUGGCUCUGCUGCUCCUUCUGGGAUUGCUUCAUGCACUACUGACCCUGGGGAUAAACAUGAGGGUCAGGAAAGAGCUGCAUCUAACCAGAGUUAUCAAGGAUCAACCUCAUUUCAUCCCCUUCAGGCAAGGAAAGGGGUUUCUGAUUUAAGAAGAAUGUUUCAGGCAAUGCCAACUUUAAGCAGACUUGGUCCCACAAAAGGUUGUUGGGUGUCUUUGAUUUUUUAGGCUGAAUUUUUGGAGCUUGGUUGAAAGGGUAGAUGGAGUUCUUGCCCUUCCUGAUACCUGUUGCUAUGGGAUAGGAACUUUCUGCCCAGGCUGGGACAGAAACAGGAUCAACUCCACUGCAGGGAGACCAUAGCUGAGUGAGAUGCUCUGGGAAGACCUUGUAGCACCUUCCAGUGUCUGAAGGGCUUGGAACAAACUGGUCUUGUGGAAGGUGUCCCUGUCCAUGGCAGAGGGCUGGGGUGAGAUGGUUGUUAAUGGCCCUUCCAACCCAAACCAUUCUGGGAUUGUAAAAUACAGUAAAGCAGUGAAGAAGCAAUGGCCUGGAGUAGUUAGGUUGCUCCAAGUUGCUCCAAACUCCAUUCAACUAUGCCUUGAACUCUUCCAGGGAUGGAGCAGCCACAGCUUCUCUGGACAGCCUGUGUCAGUGUUUUACCACCCUUGCAGGGAAGAAUUUCUUCCCAGUGUCCCAUCUACCCCUGCCUCUGACAGUGGGAAGCCAUUCCCCUUUGUGCUGUCACUCCAGGUCCUUGUCCAAAGUCCCUCUCCAGCUCUCUUGGAGCCCAUUCAGGUACUGGAGGUUGCUGGAAGGUCUCUUCAGAGUCUUCUCCAGGUGAGCACCCCCAGCUCUCCCAGAGGGGCUCCAGCCCUCAGAGUUUCUCUGUGGCCUCCUCUGGACUCAGUCCAGCAGUUCCACAUCCUUAUGUUGGGGCUGCAGAGGUGGACACAGCACUGCAGCUGUGGUGUCACCUGAGGAGAGCAGAGGAGCAGAAUCACUUCCCUCACCCCCCUGUCUUAACACUGAUCCUGAAUUCCUGCCAUCAGCACAGCUUCCCAAAAUCUGCUCUUCCUGCUGGCAGGGAGCAGGAGGGAGCUCAGCCCCCUGGGCCUGGCUGCAAAGUGCAGCCAUCACAUCCAGAGCUUGGUGUGUGGUGGGAAAGGUCCAUGAGACCUGAAUGGUUGCUCCUUUCCUUCAGUACUUUCCUUCUGCCCAAAAAUCCAAGAAGUGCCUCCAUAAAACUAAGGACAACCAAUAGAUGCAAGAGGGAGGUGUUGGUUUUGGUGUGUCAGGGCUGCUUUCCAGAAGAGCUCGAGGUGUUCAUUCCUUGCUCAGUGGCCGGUGCUGAAGGAGGGAGGGACAGUCCUUUAAACACACUGGGCCCCCUCUGCCAAGAGAGGGAAUGUGGGGGCUGCUCUUCCCUUUGAAGAUAAAAUGGUUAUCACUCCCUGAGGGGAGGGACAGGAAGGGAUUUGCCUUCUCCACACUUCAUGUAAUUCAGGGGAGAUCCAUGAGAUCCCUAACCAGCUGCAUCCAUACCAAGGCCCUCUUCUCUGAUGCUUUACUUGCAAGUGAAAUUCUUCCCAUGUUUUUCCAUACAUUUAAGCAACAGCUUGUAUGCUUUGCCUUUUCAUGUCACAUUUCUCUUGUGAAACAGCUGGUUUGUCACCACCUCAGACUGGGGAAAGCACAUGUUCAGAUUGCUGCUGUGAAGUGCUGGGCUUUUCACAGUUGUUACGUAGCAUUUUAAAGCCUCCUUGGCAGGAGAUGGUGCAGGAGGGAGCUGUGUCCCUGCACAGCUUUUACUAACAGGCUAAAAAGCCUUUUACUAACUAUAAUAAAUUGGUUUGAAGCUUCA